AAUCCUCCCCAAAAUCACCACAUUCACACACUGACACACACCUCUCACAAAUGGCCUCCACCUCCGCAGUGUUCAUGGCGGCGCCCGUGGCCCAAACCAGGCACCUGCCACCCUCUCCCGCCUCCGCAUUCCUGAAGCCGUUGCCGCUGAGGCCAUCCAAGCCGUCGCCGAUGCCAGCCGUGGCGAAGUUCCAAGUCAGGGCUUCGCUCAAGGAGAAGGUGGUUACGGGGCUCACCGCGGCCGCGCUGACGGCUUCCGUGAUCGCCCCCGACGCCGCGGAGGCGGCCGUCAGCCCGUCCCUCAAGAACUUCCUCCUCAGCAUUGGCUACGGCGGCGUGGUGGCGGUGGCCAUCGUAGGCGCCAUCGUCGCCGUCUCUAACUUCGAUCCCGUCAAGCGGGGCUGAUCAUGAGCUGUUCUUCAUGCUUCUCUUUAUAUAUAUGUGUCUAUGUUUUGCUUUUCGGAUUUGAAUAUUUGAUCACAUUUCGUCUA